AGUCGCCUUCAACCUCUCUCCCCCUUCAAAGGAGUUAAGCUCCUCCCGCACGCGUCCCCGAGACCUCGCUCCUCGCGAAUCGACGCUGCCGAAACUCGGCAAUGAGGAGCAGCUGGCGAGACCAUGGAAGAUCUGGGCCAGCCGUUCGCUAGUGCGACCCGAUCUCCUCACAAGACAUCAACGUACGGCUCUAGACAGGGCGUGUCAUCCCAAAGGACCGUUGUCGAUCCGUCCGCCAACCGACGGCAUCUGAUGCUGGACGAUGAGGGCGACGACGAAGAUCAGGAUGACGAAGAGGGUUACUACGGGAAGGACGUGAGACAAGGGAACGAGGAAGAUGAACAGCGAUAUUCCGCGGCGGAGGAUGAUGAGGAGGAGGAGCAAUCAGUCACUCCAGUCCCCAGGAGCCACACGCCUGGCCGACUUGCUGGAGCCAGGAGCAAUGUCCCGAGCGAUCAGCCGCGCAGCAACAAAGCAACCGCUGAAUUGGCCAUUCGCCAACGAGCAAUCUCGGCCUCGCACCCGCACCCGCCAGCGACUCGCCCGACGGGCCAAAGAAAGUCGACCGCAGACAGUCUUCCCGACGUCCCUCCCCUUCCUCGCGAUGGCGAAGUAGAACAAAAGACGGCAGCGGCUGCAGCAGCCGCAGCAGCUGCUGUAGCCGCAUCAUCAAGAGCAACAUCUGCCGUGUCAGCUCGCCAAACAAGCUCCAUCAUGGCUCGUCCAUCGGCCGGCAAACAUACCACGUUCCCCCCGUUGCCGAGACCCGGUGAUGGGCCAGAGGUCCCUCCAGCCCCGGCAUCCGGCAUGUACUGGUCGAAGGCACCAAUAUCCGGAGCUGCACACUCGAAUCUCCGAGCUCAUACGACGACGCUGAUCGGCUCCAAUGUAUACGUUUUCGGCGGCUGCGAUGCAAAGACAUGCUUCAACUCUAUGUACGUCCUUGAUGCGGACUCGUUCUACUGGUCUGUGCCACACAUGGUUGGGGAUAUUCCUAUGCCUCUCCGAGCUAUGACAUGCACAGCAGUUGGGAAGAAGCUCGUCGUAUUUGGAGGUGGUGACGGCCCGACAUACUUCAACGAUGUCUACGUCCUCGAUACGGUCAAUUUCCGCUGGACCAAGCCUCGUAUCAUGGGAGACAAGGUGCCUUCGAAACGUCGCGCCCAUACGGCAUGCCUAUACAAGAACGGCAUCUACGUCUUUGGUGGAGGUGAUGGCGUGCGUGCCCUGAACGACAUCUGGCGGCUCGAUGUCAGUGACAUGAACAAGAUGUCGUGGAGACUGAUAUCCGGUGCCGAGAAGACAGCUCCGGGAACACGGGAGCGUCGGCCGAAAGCUCGCGGCUACCACACAGCCAACAUGGUCGGCAGUAAGCUCAUCAUAUUUGGUGGAUCGGACGGUGGCGAAUGUUUUGACGACGUGUGGAUCUACGAUGUGGAGAGGCACAUCUGGAAGCUCGUCAACAUCCCCAUCAGCUAUCGUCGGCUCUCACACACUGCCACCAUUGUGGGCUCAUACCUCUUUGUCAUCGGAGGCCACGAUGGCCACGAGUACUGCGCCGAUGUGCUGCUCCUCAAUUUAGUUACAAUGACGUGGGACAGGCGGAAGACGUACGGCCUGCCACCUAGCGGACGAGGAUACCACGGCACGGUCCUGUACGAUAGUAGGUUACUUGUGGUUGGCGGGUUUGACGGCAGCGAUGUAUUUGGCGAUGUUAUGAUUCUGGAGUUGGCGGUUCAUGCGUAUUACUCGCAAAUUAGUCAUUUCACGAUUGAUGUAUGAUGACGGGAAGCUUUACACGAUUAUGAAGGAAGAGGAGGGAAGAAACGUUGGAUAUUUCUUUUGUUAAUCUUGCAUUUUCCGAUUUAUUUGACCCUAUGUGUGCAUAGAAGAAGCUGAUUAAUUCGGUUUGGUUUUCCCUUUUUCUUAAUGUACAGAAGCAAGCAGCAUAGCCUUUCCCAUGUAUGUAUGUAGCUUGCCAAGAAGAUAAGAUAUAGAGUAAGCUUUCUUAUUUCAUGAUACCACAAGUCUUUUAAAAAGAAAAAAAAAAAGAGGAGCA